AUGGGAUCGGCCUCGCCUCCACUUUUUUGGACGGAUCUGUGCUUGGGCUCGUUUGCUGCAGUGAGCCGAAUCUUCUUGUCGGGCACCGUCCGAUCGCACCUCGCCACCACCAUCUCCCUGGCGUCGGGCGCCAGCCGAAUCAUGUGGGUCAGGCGUCUGCUCUCCAUCCGCGACGGCCUGCCCACGUCUCGCUUUGUCCACGAAUUCUUCCUCCCAAAACGCCCAGCCCGAUUCGAAACGCUGCUCUCCUCCACUCCGUCCAAAGACAAGGUGGUCUGGCCCGCACUCCACCGAUGGUCUUCACUCGACGCCAACGGACAAGAGACUCUCGACGGCCUCAAGAGGCCUGACACCGCACACAUCAUCGUUCCCGUCGAGAUUUCUCGUCCGAAUGUCGGAUACAACGCUGCGCCCGGACACUGGGACCGUAUCGAGAUGCCCUUGGACGCUUUCGUUCAGGGCAAGAUCCCUUGGAGCAACGAUGGCAAAGCCGCACAGCAUCAGCCUGUCGGCUACCUGGCACAGUUCGACCUCCUCUCAAAAGCUCCCAGCCUCGCAGCCGAAGCACCCGCCUUGCCGCACACAGCCGCAGGACCCAAGGGCACUAACGAACAAUGGCGCAGCAAUACCUGGAUCGGCCCGCCAGCCACCUAUACCCCCUUGCACCGCGACCCAUACGAAAACAUCUUUGCCCAAGUCGUCGGUCGCAAACGCAUCCAUCUCUUCGCGCCACAUCUUGCUCCUUACCUCUACAUCAACCAAACCGGUCCACAGCGCAACACCUCGACCAUCGCAUCAGAGCACGAUCUUCUCCAUCCCGCCCACGACCGUCCUCUGCUCUCCACCGCGCUCGCUAGCGAGGACGCCUUCGUGACAGAGCUCGGCCCAGGCGAUGUGCUCUACAUCCCAAAGGGCUGGUACCACUUCUCGGUCGCGGGUGGCAUCCAUGUUCAUGCAGAACAGCCUGAAGGUCCUGCGAUGCCAGGUGACGGACACACGACUUGCCUCGACCCGAUCGAUGACCGCUUCAAGACGUUGAAGCAGAACAAGUGCUCGUGCUGCCAGGAGGCCAAGGCUAAGUGCGUCCCAAUCUCGGACGACAAUUGGCGGAAGAUGCGAGACUCGUACACGACACACCUCGACGCCGACAAUCUCCCCCGCUCGCAUCCUGAGUACCAGCUUGCGGUCAGCCAGGGGAGCCUCGGACGAUUCCGCAACGCCGACAAGGACAAGUCGUUCUGUCUGCCGCAGUUCCGGCGCUACAUGGCGGAGCUGAUGCGCACCAGGCCGCUCGAGCUCGGCUACCUUUGGACGGCCCCGGUUCGAGGCCUGAGUCCGGAUCACCAGGUCGAUCCGGCUCAUCAAUUCGACCCAGAGGACCUGCGCACCAUGGCCUGGCCACUCAUUCUACCGGGACGCAUGGAAGUGGUAUCUAUGACAAUAAAUAAGCGUCGACGCUAA